AUGAUGAGUCGAAUUUCUUUCCUAGUUAGGCCCAGCAGCCACUUUGUUUUGGAGGUAGUUGCCUUACAAACUGUCCAAUGCGCCAAGAAACCUUUAAGGAUAACCUGGGAUCAAUUCAGAAGCGCUAUAACGGCAAAUGGAUUCCCUACUCCAAAUGAAGCACAGUAUGAAGGUUUCGUACACACACUUGAGUACGCAGGGAUAAAAGACAAGAGAAUGGCAGCCAUGUUCUUGGCUCAGCUUAUCCACGAAUCGGGUGGCCUCCAGUUCAAAGAGGAACUCGCCUACAAAGACAAAGACGACGAUCCUUACAAGAGCUCCAUCGAUGUACCCGGAAAGAGGUAUUACGGCAGAGGCUACAUCCAGCUCUCGUGGGCGGAGAACUACCUCAGUGCUUCGAAGGGUAUCUAUGGGGACGACAGGUUGUUGCAGAACCCGGACCUUGUUGCUAAGGAUGAGGAUGCUGCGUUCUUGACAGCAGGUUGGUACUGGAAGAACAGGGUCGCUGUUGUACCGGGCGUUCAGAAAGGAAGGUUCGGAGAUUCGACAAGAGCCAUCAACGGAGUCGUAGAGUGCAAUGGCGAGUAUCUCGAGAACAGCAAGAACAGGUUUAAAUAUUACAAAAUGGUGUUCCAAAUAUUCGGCGCUAAGGGAAAACCUGAUGAAAGAGGUUGUUAUAAUUGAUUUAGCUAGAACAUCAUGCAAACACCAUUAUGCUAUUUAGUUAAUACAAUCGAUUGUUUUAAAUAAUAUUGAAUUUUAAACAUUCUUUCAUGAUGUUCCUCUAAUUCUUGUAGAUCUAACUUUUUUUUUUUGUUUUUUUCCUCCAACUCUUACUGUCAUACAAGAAAAUACUCCCCGAUUUCGAAUAAGAAGACUUGAGUCCAAGGACCAGGCUGUUACGAAAUAAAAUUCGACCUUUGACCAAACCCUUUGCAAAAAUCAUACAUCUUCCAAAUUUCCUGCCGAAUCAUAUCAACGCUCACAUAAAUCAACCAU